UUGCGUUGCUGAAAAAGAAAUUAAUUUGUGUACCGUUGGCAAGAGCCUAUAUCUGAUACUAUUUGGGCUGAAAAGAAGGUUCAAUCUUGUGUUUAAGGGAAAGGGAUGAAAUGGUGAAGCAGGGAAUCAAGAUUUUCUGCCGAGUGAAGCCAACCAAGGCCAAAACUGGGCUCUAUGAGGUUGAUGAAGAUGACAACGAGGAGCCCACGAGGCUCUCAUUCGUGGUUCCCAGGGACCAGGCUUCGGGAUUUAUCAACAAUAAGAAAGAGGAGUACGCUUUUCGUUUUGAGAAGGUCUUUGAGCAGAAGACUAAACAAGAUGAGAUCUUUGAAUAUGUAGCGAGGGAUGUCGUGGACAAUGCACUUAUGGGAUACAAUGGAACAAUAUUCGCAUAUGGUCAAACUGGGAGCGGCAAAACAUUUACCAUAACUGGAGGUGCAGAGCGCUUUGUUGACAGAGGUAUUAUACCUCGUACACUCUCCUACCUGUAUGAGCAGUAUGCAAAGAAUCCUGAAUAUGUUUACACAACACAUAUAUCAUACUUGGAGCUGUACAAUGAGAGUGGCUAUGACCUUCUGGACCCCAAGCAUGAAGCAGCAAAACUAGAAGAUCUACCGAAGGUGACGCUGAUGGAGGACAGUGAUGGCAACACUCAGAUGAAGAACAUCAUGACACACCAGGCAUCCAAUGAAGAGGAGGCUCUCAACUGGCUCUUCCUAGGAGACACAAACAGGAUGAUCGCAGAGACUCCAAUGAACCAAGCCUCAACCAGAUCUCACUGUAUCUUUACCAUACACGUGUCAGUACGUGAAGCAGGUUCGGCCACCCUUCGGAGGGCUAAGGUACAUCUUGUUGACUUGGCUGGAUCAGAGAGAGUUGCAAAAACAGGAGUCGGAGGAAAUCUUUUGAAGGAAGCAAAGUACAUCAAUUUGUCUCUCCACUUCCUAGAACAGGUGAUCGUGGCCCUGUCAGAGAAGUCGCGUACACACAUUCCCUAUCGUAACUCCAUGAUGACUGCUGUGCUAAGGGACAGUCUGGGAGGUAACUGCAUGACGACCAUGAUAGCGACCUGCUCUGUGGAGAAGAAGAACAUUGAUGAAUCGAUAUCAACAUGUCGCUUUGCUCAGCGCGUAGCAUUGAUUAAGAAUGAUGCUGUUCUGAAUGAGGAACUUGAUCCGAAAUUGAUGAUUGCUAAAUUGAAGAUGGAGAUCUCGGAACUGAAGAACCAGUUAGCCUUGACAUCAGGAGAGCAGUCAACUGAUGAGCUUACGCAAGAAGAGAUUGACAGAUUACAGGAGAGAGUGGCUGCAUACAUAGAGGAUCCUGACCCCGAAUGUCGGCUCAAUGUCGGAGCUGACAUGAGGAAGAUCAAUGAAUGUUUCAGAAUAUUAAAGAGGCACCAAGAGGAGAGGUCGUCCAGACCCGACGACACCCCGCCCCCGAGCUACACCCCCGAUACCAGCUACAUGGCAGGGGCGGAGGUCAAGAAACUCCAGAGCAUGGUGCAGCAGAGAGAUAACGAGAUCAACAUCCUUGUAAACAUGCUGAAGAAAGAGAAGAAGAGAGCCCUGGAUGCCAUCAAACAGGCAUCAGUGGGAGGAGGCGGGGCCAACCCAGACACCAGGCACCGUCCAACCAAUAGCAGGUCAGCAUCGGAGGAAGACACGCCCCACAGCAGGCAUCACACCACCGGUAGCAGCCAAUCACAGAGCAGCUAUGGGAGUAGGAUGGGCCACUCAGAGGAAGAGGAGGGGGAAAGUAGUCUCUCACACAGACCAAGGAGUUCAAGAAGAAUCUUAGGGGACAUGACCGUUGGUAGGCAAGAAGCCUUUGAGAUCUUCCGUCGUGACUAUGAACACAACGUCGCCAUUGAGGAUAACAAACACCAGCUCAAAGAGAGAUAUGGAGCAGCUAAGACGUACGGACAGCAGGUCAACGAUUGCAGACAAAAUAUCAAUAAAGUGAAGCGCCAGUUUGAGCAUCGUAGGAUGCAGCUUGCCAUGGCAGGCGACGUGGUCGCUGAAGAGGAGGACGAAGUCGAGGCCAACCUUAGAAUGCACUUGGAAGAUGAGAAAACAAGGUACAAGGAUGUUUUUAACAAUUUACGAGUCAUGAAGACAGAGAUAGAGCACUUGCAGCACCUCCUGGAAAGAUCACGGCUUCAGUUGCAAAAGGACUUUGAGGUCUGGUGGGCAGAGCAGUCUGCUUCCUUACAGGCCGCACCGUCACCUCACAGACCUCCAAGCAACCCUGGCAAGGCGUGGCGCACCCCUCCUGUCUCACCCAUCAAAGGCCAGCACGAGGAACACCCUAACAACAUCCAUCACUCCACAUCAUCAUCAUCUCAUCUCCAUGGCAAUAGCCACGCCCUGAUAGACCCCUCCAGCUACCAGCGCAAGACAACCGGCAGCCACCACCAUCACGACCAGGGUCACCACGAACACCGGAGCGACCACCAGGACGAUCACCACCAGAGACAUCAUCGACCGCACUCUGCCACGCACAGGAAUGCCCUUCUGCAGGGGCUCAGCCAGAACCAGCAAGGCCUGGACUUUGCUAGAAGACCCCCCGUUCCUCCGGUGGGGAAGUCCAAUUCGGCGGACGAUAGGAUACGAAGGGGCGGGGGAGAGAGUGGUCCAGGAGAGGCUGAGAGCGGCAGGCAGCAAAGGUCAAACUCACAGGGAAACUCGAGCAGUCUGAAGCUUACCGGUGACAAGAGAGCUGAUGCUGAUAUCAUGGCUUUCAUCAAGGCUAGGCAGGGUCUACUUCAACAAAAAGGCCAAGCACCAUGAUAGCAGCUGCGAAUGCAAACCGUUUCAUAGUGUUUGCAGUGUUGUCUUGUGAUGGAGAUGAGAAGACGGCAUGCUGAUGUCAAGAACCAACCAACAUCCGGCUACAGUAGCACCAAGACAAGGGUCAUGAUUAUGAAAUCAAGUGCCAAUUCUCUCAGUAACGUUGCUUUGGCAUUGUUCAUCAAGUCACUGCAGUGAUUGAAAACAGCCUUCAGACUUUGGUCUCUGUUUUAAUUCAUUCAGUUGUGAAUGUUGUAAGUCAUCAUUUGGAAUUGAGUAAAACUAAAAAGGUUGCCAUGCUGUCUAGUGAUGGAGAUGGUAAGAUGACUUUCUGAUGUCAAGAAAACAACCAGCAUCCGGCUACAGUAGGACCAAGACAAGAGUCAUGACUGGAUAUCAAGUGCCACUUUUUGCAAUAAUGUGGCUGUGUGCAUUCAAGAAGCCGGUUCGUAGAUACCAUCUGCGCAUUGGCAGAUAAAGGUCAUUUCAGUGAACCUAAAUUGUAAAACCCAUCGAGACCAAUAGUGGCUUUGUGCUUAUGAAAGUAAUGUUAUCAUUACUCAUUGAUUAUUUAUUGACGGCACAUUUUUUGAUACAUAAUACUGGAUUUGUGCCCAUUAAAGUUAUGUAUUCAUUACUCGUUAUUUAUUCAUUGACAGCACAUUCCGUGAUACACAUGGAAGUAUUAUUCUCAAGAGGGCAUACAAAAGAAAUUCGUGAAUUUGGGCAGUGAUUAUUCUAAAAUGCACAAAAUGAGACAUCUCCAUGUGUAAAAGAUCAAUGGAUAUUUGGAGGUCAUUUGUAACCAAAGCUAACUACGAACUGGUCUAUUGCUGCAGCUUGUUGAUAAGCUUUAAAACACUGUAGUUGACAUUUAAAUUGAUACAGUAUAUAAAUGAUUUAAGCCACUGUAUAAUAUAUGUGUUUAAUAUUUAGCCUCAUGCAAACUCACUUUUGCAGUGAGGCACGACUGCAGCUGUGUUGAAUGCUUUUUUGGGGGUACAACGAUCCGCAUGUGUCGGGUACAGUGGUUUAGUCCAUCAUUUUGAUCAAUCCUCGCCCUGAAAUAAACUCCUUUGACAAGAAAUUAGAGAGUGGAUCAUUAUAUGUGCCACUCUCUAUACAAGUGUAAAUGGGUACUUGAUAUGCUUUCUGGCUACUUAUUAGCUUGGCCUUGAUUGGGGUAACAUGUGUAGUAUUGGAGUGGCCACAGGGUCACCAUGUUGACAGACCAGUGUACAAGAAGCUAUCAUUUUUAUCUGUAUGAUUGUCGGGAGGAUGCAUUUCAUUUUAUGCAUGAACUCUGCCAAGUCAUUCAAAAACAGACAGGGUGUAUCUAUACUACUAUCAGAAGACAUGACUCUGUACUCCACUCUAGCAAACUCUGUUAAGGAAUGUUAGACAUCAGCCAUGAAACGCGUCCAGAUGUGGCGAUAAGGUUUUCCUGCUUUAGAAUACCAGAGAAUAGAUUUGCAAUGACUACUCAAAUUGCUUAUACAUUUAGUUGAAUCUGAGGUUUACGAAUGGUGCAUUAGUUAUUUUGACUUUAAUUAUACUAAAAUCAUGCUGCUGGUCUGUAAGAAUAGAAAUUCAGUGGAAGUUAUAUCUUAGACAUCAGUUAACAAUUGUCCCAGUUUGGUAAUUAUUGUUACUGGAUGAUUGUUCAUAGUUUGGGGAUUAAUCAAUUGGUUGUCCUGGACUCUUUCUUGUUCUCAAAAUGUACUUGGUCAGCUGUCUAUUUGGUUCGUUCGCACCAAUAAAAUCCAGUGGAAUAAUGCCUGACAUUAGGGUGAACUAUGACCUGUGUCCUAAGUUUUUUGACAUACGUGUAUACUGUGCUCAUGCAAACUGGGAGCUGUAGGGAAAAGCAUUGCCCAUCUGUAACAGAGGAAGUAUAAACUUAAUAUAUAGACAACUUUUUUAUCUGUCUGAAUAACAGAGCACUUGGUUCUGAUUUCUUUAAUAGUGAUAUUAUGUGAAGUAAGGAAAAGAGUAAAUGAAGCAAUGGAAUUUUAAGAAUUUGUGCAAUAAUCGUGUGAUUAAUUAUGAUGAAUAUUCAUUAGAUUUUCUAAAGGGCUUUUUUUCUUAAACAGGUUUAAAUCUUUGUGGAAAAAGAAUGUUUAAACGCUGAGAUGGAACCUUAAAGCUCUUUAUAUCCAAGGGGCUAUAUAAAUUGCAACUUUUAUCAAUAUCUUAACCCUAAAGACCAUCUGUCUAUAGUGGUCAUCAAUAUUUCCACCUACUAGAUAAUGAACCUGUCUAGAAAGGCCACCUGUCUGCAGUGGCCACUUUCUGUGUCUCCUUUGGGUGGACAGGUUUGACUGCAGUACACUUUUCCACUUUCUCAAAACAAUGGAUAAUGGAUGUCUUAUAUAUUCAAUACAUCUUAUAAGUUGGGAUGCUUGUAAUUUUGAACAUUUUUUUUUUUAUCUUUGAAAGUAUAGUUACUGGUAAUUACAAUUUCCAAACCAUCUGUUAUUUCCCAUGUAAUUUUGUAUUUUCCUCAAGAAUUUCAUUGCUUUUGUUGACAGCUUUGCUCUGUGAUUUGCCAGAUCACCUUGAUUUUAUGAAGUGUACUUUUUUUUUACGACAAAAAAAUAAGAAGAACUGUCUUUUUCUGUGAACUCUUCCAUAUACUAUUCUGUCCAUGUUUGUGUCGUAUUGUUUCAGAUAAUAACUAUCAAAUUAAUAUGAAUGUAUUUAUAAACUUUGAUAUUGAUAUACGUAUAGUACUGUUGAUUGAAAUAUACACUUUGGUAUAAAAUAUAAA